GGUGAGGCAUCCGAAGUGUAAAUCAUUUCUUGCAUAUAUUGUCUCGAAAGUAUCAAAGGCAGGUAGCCAUUUCAACUGGAGCGGAUCUCUAUGGCCAGAUCUAUCGGGCUCGGCAUGCGUCUUGCUUGUCUUGAAAGAGGCACGAUUUGUUCGAGCUUGGGGUUCGCUCCGGCAGCAUCGGCGAUUUCAUUCACGCAAAACCUGGAUGGAAUACGCUCGCAUGCGACCUCACAUUUACAAUUUGACGGCUGGACUACCCAGAUAUGCAAGACCAUGUCAAAGAUGAACGACGCUUCGGCUUACGCCCUCGUUAGAACUUUUCCCUCGGGCAUGAGUGACAUGGGAACUGGUCCAUCUCGAGGUCGAUCAGGAUUGGGUGGUCUUCGAACGGAGGGUUCUCCGCAUGGUUUUGUAAGCCAAGAAUUGCGGGGUAGAAGUCGUUGGAGGGGUUGGUGGAGCAGGUCUCGUUAAAUUGUCACGAAAAGAUCGACUCCAUCAAUCAAGUUUUCUAUUUUGGCGGUCUGUCGGUACAAUGACCCAGAUCGAUGUCGUCUUCAUCUCAUGUCUCUGCCCUAUCUUAGUC